UUUUUUUUUUUGUUUAGAACUGAGGAAGAAGGUGAGGAAGAAGAGGCAGCAGAUGAGGAACAGGAAGCUGAGGAAACAAAACAGGACAAAAAGCCAAGUAGAAGUCGAAGUCGAGCAAGCGACAUUGCUGACAAAGAAGAAGAUUUGACAGAAGGUGAAAAAGCCAUGUUGGCAGCAAAAAAAAGACAAGAAGAAGAAACUCAAGCAAAAUUGGCCGAAUAUGAAGAAAUGCGACGAAUUCAACGUGAAAAGGAAGAAGAAGAAAUGAGAGCAUUAAAGGAGAAGCAGGAACGACGUCGUCAGGAACGUGAAGAAGAGGAAAGAGAAUUUGCUGAAAAACGAAGGCAGGAAGAGGAGAAACAUCGACAGGAGGAGGAAGAACGUAAAGCAAGACUGCAAGCUGAAAAAAAGAAAAAAGAAGAAGAGAAGAAGAAAAAAAUGCAGUUGGCUAAUGCAGCUUUCACUGGUGGUGAAGGCAGAAAUUUUGUUAUCCCCAAAAAAAAAUCUGGUUCAGAUGCUGCCAGUAAAUUCGGUAAUAUUGUCCAGGAAGAAGCAAAGCGGAACUAUUUGGAACAGGUUCAAAAGGUUUUAGACUUCAGCAAUCUUGGUGAAAAUGAGCUUCGUGAUAAGAUCAAAGAAAUUCAUCAACGCAUCUGCAGGCUUGAAGCCGACAAGUACGAUCUUGAAAAGCGUAACGAAAGACAGGAAUAUGAUCUCCGUGAACUUAAUGAACGUCAAAGGCAAGUUGCACGUUCAAAAGCUGCCAAGAAAGGUCUUGAUCCAGCAGAAGCCAACUCUCGAUAUCCGCCAAAGAUUUCGAUAGUCAGUAAAUAUGAUCGACAAAUUGAUCGUCGUAAUUUCAAGGAGCGUAGAGCAGUUUAUGAAAACAAGAAUGCAUAUCCGUGCUUUCCAAAUGUACCUCCUCCACCGGCUGUUUAUGCAAAGAUAAUAAAAUCUUAUGACAAUGAAGAAAAUAAAGACGAUGACGACGUCAAUGAGGAUGGAGAUGCUGAUGGAGAAAUAGACGGUGAUGCAGAGGCUGAAGAAGAAGCUGCAGAAGCCGAGGUUAGAAUUUACUGUGCAUAA